AGGUGUUGGGAUCCUUAAAAAAAAUUGCCGGAAGUCAUUCUCCAUGAGGUUUCUGUGGAGUCCUUCUAGCAAAAUCUGUAAGGAGUAGUAGGAUUUUAUCGACAAACUCAGUUUUCAAAAACGAAACAUUACAAAACCUAGAAUAAAACCUAAGGAACCGAACCUUGAAGUUUGUCCAGGCACUUUAUCAACGCUGGCUAUAGAGUUGCUUUGCUAUUUCAGAGCCAUAAACAAACAAUAUGAUCUUCACGAUAUCUGCUGGAGCGUAACUCCAACAUGGCUUCCCUUGAAGCAAAUACCAGUAUAUCUCAAACUAAUCUUCUUCACCCUACAAACAAUAGCGGCGUUUCAUAUCACCUCAUCUGCCGCUCUUAUCUGUUUUCUUACAUGGGAAGCUACCGAAGUACUGCUCACCCAUGUCAGUCACUUGAAAAAGCAUUUACUCGAGGUGUUCGACGAUGUGGAUAAUGCUACAGAGCGGUUACGGGUCCUCGUGGAAUACCAUAAGUUCAUAUUCAGAUCAGCUUAACAGGUUGGUCCAAGCCACAGUUGGACAUGUUUCCUUGGUCGCUGCCCUAGUAUUUGGUUGUAUUGGAAAUCAAAUAUUCAAGAGCAAACCGCUCGGGGCAUCCGUGUUUUUAGCUGGUUGGGUGAUAGCAAUGUUUGUUAUCUGUCACGCAGGUCAGAAAAUAAGAGACGAAUCUCUUUCUGUAACAGAUGCCAUUUACUUUUCGGAUUGGCACCGUGGCACUGUUGAACAGAAGAAAGAUAUAGCUUUCAUGAUGUUUAGAUCACAAAAAGCGAUUUUCUUUGAUGCCCUCCCAUUUGGAAAUCAUAAAGACCUCGUACUCUUAUUUGACGCUUCUCAAUCAAUCAACAUAGGUGUCCAUUUCAAGAUGAAACUGUGUCGCUAUUGUAUUGCCAUUAGUUUCAGGACCUUCUUAGCAACAAACAUGCGAAAUAGCCAUACGAUAAAGAUAAAAGAAUAG